GUGUGUUAGUGUGUGUGUGUGUGUGUGUGUGUGUGUGUGCUAGUGAUUAGAACAUACAUACAGUGUCAUUGAACAGUCAGUCCAACCAUCCACCUGACCUCUGACCUCUGACCUCUGAUAAAGUGUCUGAUCAGUUACAUCACCAAAUACUUUUUAAUUCAACAUAUGAAAACUUGAAGUUUAUAUUCAGCAGUGCAGCAGCUGAAGCCUGUGAACAUACAUGUGAACAUACAUGUGAACAUACAUGUGAACAUACGUGUGAACAUACAUGUGCUGUAUGUGGUGUGUUUACAUGUUGACACACAUUAACCAGGACGGCAGACAUGAACAUGUGUGUUUAAAUCUAUUCAUCUACAUCAGGAUGGAGCUGAUGUUAUAAAGUAGUUUAUAUUUUAGACUUUAUUUACUUCCUGUGUAUAUUUGAUGUUUAAAGUUACUCAGUAACUCAUUAAUGUGCAAUAACAGAAUAUUUCUCUGUAGAAUAAAUCCUGUUAUUUUAAACAGGUUGUUAUAUUCAUUCAUCAUCAAACGGUUUUAAAGUUAUGAAAGCUUCUGCACAUUCAGCCUGACCUGACUGGUCAUCAACAUGUUGAGUUCUCAGCCAAUCAGAGAGCUGUAGGCGUGGGAACGCCGCCGCCGCCUCGGGUCAGAUAACCAGCUGGCAGCUGAGCUGGACAAACCGGCGGCCGCUCUGAUUGGCUGAGGCUCGGCAGGCUUCAAGCAUAAAAUGACAGCUCGUUCCUUCGGCAUCAUCAUCGUCGUCAUGGCCUUCCUCUGGAUCGUCUCCUGCCUCGCCUUCGUCAGCGCCGCCUACGGCUGCGGCACCCCCGCCAUCAGCCCCGUGGUGUCCGGCUACGCCCGCAUCGUCAACGGCGAGGAGGCGGUGCCUCACUCCUGGCCCUGGCAGGUGUCCCUGCAGCAAUCCAACGGCUUCCACUUCUGUGGAGGAUCUCUGAUCAACGAGAACUGGGUGGUGACCGCCGCUCACUGCAACGUCAGGACCUACCACCGCGUCGUCGCCGGAGAACACGAUAAGGGCUACGGCUCCAACGAGGACGUCCAGGUGCUGAAGCCCGCCAAGGUGUUCACUCACCCCAGGUGGAACCCCCGCACCAUCAACAAUGACAUCACCCUCAUCAAGCUGGCCACGCCCGCCCGCCUGGGCACCAACGUGUCCCCCGUCUGCCUGGCUGAGUCGGCCGACGUGUUUGCCCCCGGCAUGACCUGCGUCACCUCCGGCUGGGGUCUGACCCGCUACAACGCUCCCAGUACUCCCAACAAGCUGCAGCAGGCCGCUCUGCCUCUGCUGUCCAACGAGGAGUGUAAGAGACACUGGGGCAGCAACAUCUCCGACGUCAUGAUCUGUGCCGGAGGAGCCGGAGCCACAUCCUGCAUGGGCGACUCUGGCGGCCCUCUGGUCUGUGAGAAGGACAAUGCCUGGACUCUGGUGGGAAUCGUCUCCUGGGGAAGCAGCCGUUGCUCCACCUCCACCCCCGCCGUCUACGCCCGUGUCACUGAGCUCCGCAGCUGGGUCGACCAGAUCCUCGCCGCCAACUAAUUGGUCCGAGCAAAUCUCCUGACCCCUCCUACCGAACCCCCCCUGACCCCCGACCCUGACCCCCCCCAGGCCCGGCGUUCCCCCAGCAGAGACCACCGGACACUAGAUGACAAUAAAACCGUCUGAACAUCACUGACUGUGUUUGUUGUUGCUGUUUGAGUUUGUGUCGCACAGAGCUGAGAACAC